UGCUCCGCGGCCAUUGCUGCUCACUCAACGUUUGAGCAAGACAGAGAGGAAACAGUCGUGCCCUGUGAAAGUUUGUGGCUUUCCGUUUGUGUGUUGGAGUUACAACUUUUUUCUACUUUGGAGCGUCACUGAAAGUAGAGAUGAAAUAGUGACUUAUUAAGCAAGUGCGAUGGUCACAAUCUAUUUAAGGUGGCGCCAUGGCUGAACUACCUCACCAGCGCGUUGGAGCUCUGCCAACAUCGGAGUCAGCUGCGUUGAACCAGAGACUCGUUGCUCCGCCUCUAGACACCACUGAGACGGUUGCACUGAUGUCUGCUCCAAUUAGAUUUGGAACCAGGACUGGUCCAUACAGCAUGCCCUCUGAAGAUGAGGCACAAACGGUGGAAAUUUAUGAUAGUAAAGGAAACUGUGAUCCAGACAAACUACUACAAUGUCCGUUUGACAAAAACCACCAAAUCCGGUCCUGCCGCUUCCCUUACCAUCUGAUUAAGUGCAGGAAGAAUCACCCAGAACUGGCGAGCCGACUGAAAACCUGUCCAUUUAAUGCUCGCCACCUGGUUCCCAAGCACGAGCUUGCUCACCACACAGAGAACUGUGAGGACAGAAUAUCUGUGGACCCUGAAGAUGCUGGAAGUCAUAGUGGACAUGGUGACUGGCAUGUUCCAGUCAACACUUGGGUCAACCCGAACAUGUCUGAGGACUGGGACAAAGAGGCAGAUGAUGGUCAAGCGCCCUUUGUGUGGGGAGUGAACUCAAAGUUGAGCCAAAUACAGGCCACCAGGCCCAGUAACCACCUUGGUCCAAACUUCAGGGUACCCAGUACUGUCCCUUGGUCAAAUGACCAACUGUAGGGCGUGGUUCAGUGGCGCAGUGGUUAGCGCGCACGACCCAUGUACCCCUAACUUCCCUCACUGCAUGUUCCUGAAGCCGUUGCUGUGCAUGCAUUUGUCAUUUAAAAAAAAAUGUUCUUUGCUUCAAUGCGGAAAAUUGUUUUUAUGUUUUAUAUAUCUCCUUUAUUACAACACUGUUGUUGGAAUGAUCACUUUUUUUAAAAAUAAAAGUGUUUUGGUUGAA